GGGCAGGGAGAAGCCACCCAACUUGCAGGCCUUCCUCCUCACCAGAGUCCAGCCAGAGCUGCUGCUGGCUGCUGGGAUUGCAGAGACGAGGGGCUUCGUGGCACUACUUUCCGGGAAAGGAGAGGGGCAGGCACCCGCCAAGGCAGCCAGCAGUGUGCGAAGUGUGUUCCAGGGAGCAUAUGGGUACUUGGGAAUGGAAAAUCCAAGGGGAGAAAACCACCAGCAAGGAAACAGUGCGAACCACGGCCACGGAGUCCAUACGUUAAAAUACACAGCGCUCGGGGGGCCUGUGCCGGAGGAGAAGCGAAUUGGCAGGGCUGAGAGCUUGGUGGUUUUCUGUGCAGACGAUUCAGCUGGAGAAAUUACGACAGAGGCUGGGUCUGGGAGAAGCCCUCCAGUGCUGGGACUGCAGCUGGGCAGAGAGGGACGGGGACGGGGGCUAGCACGUGGCUCCAGGGCCAGGCACAGCGCCACCACCCCAGAGGUCAAGCAUGAGCUCAGUCCUGACAAAGUACGGGUCUCCACCUCGCAGCUGGCUCGGCCUUCGUCCGGGAGCUGAAGACCGGAGCCUGGUGGAGGAGAAGGGGCUGCGCUGUCAGAACCCCGACUGCAUGGACAAAGGGCGGGCGGCCAAGGUAUGCCACCACGCUGACUGCCAGCAGCUGCACCGCCGGGGGCCCCUCAACCUCUGUGAGGCCUGUGACAGCAAGUUCCACAGCGCCAUGCAUUAUGAUGGACACGUCCGCUUCGACCUGCCCCCCCAAGGCUCUGUCCUGGCUCGGAACGUGUCUACCCGCUCAUGCCCCCCGCGCACCAGCCCUGCAGCGGACUUGGAGGAGGAGGAGGAGGGCUCUGUGGAUGGCAAGGGGGACCGGAAGAGCACAGGCCUGAAACUCUCCAAGAAGAAAGCCAGGAGGAGACACACAGAUGACCCAAGCAAGGAGUGCUUCACCCUGAAAUUUGACCUGAACAUGGACAUAGAGACGGAGAUUGUACCAGCCAUGAAGAAGAAGUCGCUGGGGGAGGUGCUGCUGCCGGUAUUUGAAAGGAAGGGCAUUGCCCUGGGCAAAGUGGAGAUCUACCUGGAUCAGUCCAACACGCCCCUGUCCCUCACCUUUGAGGCCUACAGGUUUGGGGGACACUACCUGCGGGUCAAAGCCAAGCCGGGGGACGAGGGGAAGGUGGAGCAGGGAGUGAAGGACUCCAAGUCCCUGAGUCUGCCAAUCCUGCGGCCAGCCGGGGCCGGGCCCCCUGCCCAGGAGCGCGUGGAUCCCCAGAGCCGCCGGGAGAGCCUGGACAUCCUGGCCCCUGGCCGCCGACGCAAGAACAUGUCGGAGUUUCUGGGGGAGGCGAGCAUCCCCGGGCAGGAGCCUCUGACGCCUUCCAGCUGCUCUCUGCCCAGCAGCAGCAGUGGGGGUGGCGACAGCUGGAAGAACCGGGCAGCCAGUCGUUUCAGUGGCUUCUUCAGCUCAGGCCCCAGCACCAGCGCCUUCGGCCGGGAGGUGGACAAGAUGGAGCAGCUGGAGGGCAAGCUUCACGCCUAUGGCCUCUUCGGGCUGCCCAGACUGCCCCGGAGGCUGCGCUUUGACCACGACUCGUGGGAGGAGGAAGGGGACGAAGAGGAGGACGAGGAUGACGCCUGCCUGCGGCUGGAGGACAGCUGGCGGGAACUUAUUGAUGGGCAUGAGAAGCUGACCCGGCGGCAGUGCCACCAGCAGGAGGCAGUGUGGGAGCUCCUGCACACGGAGGCUUCCUAUAUUAAGAAACUGCGGGUGAUCACCAACCUGUUCCUGUGCUGCCUCCUGAACCUGCAAGAGUCGGGGCUGCUGUGUGAGGUGGAGGCGGAGCGCCUGUUCAGCAACAUCCCGGAGAUCGCGCGGCUGCACCGCGGGCUAUGGGGCAGCGUGAUGGUGCCGGUGCUGGAGAAGGCGCGGCGCACGCGGGCGCUGCUGCAGCCCGGGGAUUUCCUCAAAGGCUUUAAGAUGUUCGGCUCCCUUUUCAAGCCCUACAUCCGAUACUGCAUGGAGGAGGAGGGCUGCAUGGAGUACAUGCGCGGCCUGCUGCGCGACAACGACCUCUUCCGGGCCUACGUCACGUGGGCGGAGAAGCACCAGCAGUGCCAGCGGCUGAAGCUGAGCGAUAUGCUGGCCAAGCCCCACCAGCGGCUCACCAAGUACCCGCUGCUGCUCAAGUCGGUGCUGAGGAAGACAGACGAGCCUCGCGCCAAGGAGGCCGUCGUCACCAUGAUCGGCUCCGUGGAGCGCUUCAUCCACCACGUGAACGCGUGCAUGCGGCAGCGGCAGGAGCGGCAGCGGCUGGCGGCCGUGGUGAGCCGCAUUGACGCCUACGAGGCGGUGGAGGGCAACAACGAUGAGGUGGACAAGCUCCUGAAGGAAUUCCUGCAUCUGGACCUGACAGCGCCCAUCCCUGGCGCUUCCCCUGAGGAGACACGACAGCUGUUGCUGGAAGGGAGCCUGAGGAUGAAGGAGGGGAAGGACAGCAAGAUGGAUGUGUACUGCUUCCUCUUCACGGACCUGUUGUUGGUGACCAAGGCAGUGAAGAAGGCCGAGAGGACCAAGGUCAUCAGGCCGCCACUGCUGGUGGACAAGAUUGUGUGUAGGGAGCUUCGGGACCCUGGCUCCUUCCUCCUCAUCUACCUGAAUGAGUUCCACAGCGCUGUGGGUGCCUACACGUUCCAGGCCAGCGGCCAGGCCUUGUGCCGUGGCUGGGUGGAUGCCAUUUACAAUGCCCAGAACCAGCUGCAGCAGCUGCGCGCACAGGAGCACCCAGGCGGCCAGCAGCAGCUGCAGAGCCUAGAAGAGGAGGAGGAUGAGCAGGAGGAGGAGGAGGAUGAAGAUGAGGAGGAAGGAGGAGAGAGCAGCACUUCAGCUGCCAGCUCCCCUACCAUCCUGCGCAAAAGCAGCAGCAGCCCUGACUCCCAACACUGUGCCUCGGACGGCUCCACGGAGACCCUGGCCAUGGUGGUGGUGGAGCCUGAGGAGAUGCUGUCCUCUCCCGAGUUCGAGGGUGGCCCCUUCAGCUCCCAGUCAGACGAGACCUCUCUGAGCACCACUGCCUCAUCUGUCACGCCCACCAGCGACCUGUUGCCCCUAGGCCCAGUGGAUGGCCGCUCCUGCUCCAUGGACUCUGCCUAUGGCACCCUCUCCCCCACCUCCCUGCAAGAUUUUGUGGCCCCAGCCCCUUUGGUGGAGCCAGCACCCCAGCCCCCAGAGUUAACACAAGGUCCUUCACCCCCACCCUCACCCCGCCUCCGCCGCCGCACUCCUGUCCAGCUGCUGCCCUGUCUGCCCCACCUGCUCAAGUCCAAAUCCGAGGCCAGCCUCCUCCAGCUGCUGUCAGGGGCCGCCACCCGUGGAGCGCCCCCAGCCCCCAGCCGCAGCCUGUCAGAACUCUGCCUGGCUGCUCCUGCCGCUGGCACCAGGACUCAGGGCUCCUCUCAGGAAGCUGGGCCCAGCUGGGAUUACCAGGGCACACCAGGCCUUGGCAGUGGCUCCAGGCUGUCAGAGCUGUAUGGUGGAGCCAGCUGCCCAGGUGGGAUGCCUGAAGGACCCAUCAGGAGGAGCAGAGAGCUGCCCUUGGAGGCCUUGCCCAGGGUCCAGCCUGAGCCCCCACCGGGGAUCUCUGCUCAGCACAGGAAGCUGACGUUGGCCCAGCUCUACCGAAUCAGAACCACUUUGCUGCUUAACUCCACCCUCACUGCCUCGUGAGUGGCCUGGCCUAGGGUGGAGGACUGGUGGCUCAGUGCUGGCACUGGGGACACUGAGUCCUGGGAGUGGUUGGGGCACUGUCAUGGCUGGGAGCAGGUGGCAUUUGGGGAAGGGAUAGGGAGCCUGAGACCUGCCGAGCACCUCGGUGAGGAUGUCCAUGGUGGGCAGUGGUGAAGGGGCCUGAGGAUUCCGGUGGGGAGGAGAGGGUGGCUAAAGCCCCUCUGAAUGCCAUUAGCCAAGGAAGGACUGUCUCUCCCCUCCUCUACCCUGCAGGGAGGUCUGAGCAGAGGGAGGCCCCUAAGGGUGCCACUAACCAAGGGACAGCAGACAGCGUGCCUCCCGGGGUGUGCCGGCCCCUGCUCCAGCUGCUGCCUUAUGUGUGCACGAGCCAGAGUGCCGGGCAGGACCCCUGCCACCACCCCCGGGGCCCAAUUUGCACUUUGCCAGACUGGAUGGAAGUGGAGGGGGCUCAGCAGAGGCCCAGGCCCAGAACCCCUUACAGCUGCCACCUUCACUAACCUGCCUGCCUCCUUCUCCCUGCCCCCAGCCGAGGCAGGGUCCCUUGCCCCAUAUUCCCUGAAGUCAUCAGCUCCAAUCCUCUAGGCUGGGCUCCAGGGCUGGGAUCCCCGGCAGCCCUUCCCACCUCCACCCUCAUCUGGCCCCAAAUGGGACAUUCCCUGCCCUCACCCCCUCCCUCCCUCCCAGUCCCGAAGGCCACCCCAGGUUUGGGUUGGGCUCUGUAUAAAGUUGCAUAUUUAUUGAGCUUUUGAUUCUUUUAUAAAGACUUGUAUAUACUCCC